AUGCCAGUAGAGGAAGAGGUUUUCGAAGCUCCUCACAUUGUACAGCCUCUAACUAGUACAGGAGAAACUCUUGGCGAAACAGUUUUAUUGAGAUGCCAAAUAGGAGGCACUCCUCGGCCUGUUAUUCGAUGGUUUCACAAUGGUGGACAAAUUCAAGGUCCUAGGUUUACAACCCUCUUUGAAAGAGAUGGUAAUACUGUUCUUGUUAUUAGUCCUCUUGAAGAAACAGACAAGGAAUUUGAAUGUGUUGGUACCAAUGAGUAUGGAUCUGUUACUACCACUUUUAAGAUAGAUGUUACUAAGGGUGUUGAUGUAAUAGAGAAGAAAAUUGAAACAACCACGGUUGAGGUUACAAAAGAGCAGGUUAUUGAAGUUCAAGAAGACUUCGAACAACCUGAGGUCAGUGUUUCUGUUGAAAAAUCAGUUGAAGAAAUUCCAGAAUCAAUCACAAUUGUAGAAUUUGAAAGUACCCAACCUGAAGAAAUAACUACUACUGUCCAAGUAACACAACGUGAAGAGCAAAUUCCUCUGGAAUAUCCAAUAGAGAUUGACUUUGUUAUUGAUGAACAACCCGACAAGGCCUUAGAGCUUCCCUCAGCGGGAGCUGAAGUUCCAGAAAUUGAAGAAACUGUUUCAGAAGUUUCACAAAAAGAUAUCAAGCCAGUGAUGCAAGAAACUGAGAAAGUGGAUGAAUUGACUACAAUAACAAUGGAGGCCACGAAAACAGAAAUAGUUUUCACAGAACAAACAACCUCUGAUAAAGCGCCAAGCGAUGUGAUACAUGAAGAAGUAAUAGAGCUUUCAUCAGCAACAGUUGAAGUUCCUGGUCUAGAAGAGGCGAUUAUCUAUGCAACUUCUGAUGAAGUAGUUUCAAUUCAAAUAAAGCCUGAAGAAAUUCAAGAGCUUCCAACUGCAGUAGUUGAAAUACCUAGCAAAGAGGAGAAAGCACCCCAAGAAGUACCAUCUGAAAUUACAGCAAUUGAAAUAAAACCUCAGGAAGUUGAAGAAUUUCCUGCCAUGACUGUUGAACUCCCUGAAGUUUCAGAGACACAGCAAUAUACAGCUCCUGGUGAAGUUGUCUCUAUUGAGAUUAAGCCUGAAGAAAUUCAAGAACUUCCUACUGCAGUAGUUGAAAUACCUCACAAAGAAGAGGCAGUACCUCAAGAAACAACAUCUCAAGUUACAGCAAUUGAAAUAAAACCUGAGGAAGUUGGAGAGAUGCCAGCCAUGACAAUUGAACUUCCUGAAAUUGAAGAGACUCACAAAUAUACAGCACCUAGUGAAGUUAUUUCAAUUGAGAUAAAGCCUGAGGAAAUUCAAGAGCUUCCAACUGCUGUUGUUGAAAUACCUCACAAAGAAGAGACAGUACCUCAAGAAACACCGUCUGAAGUAACAGCAAUUGAAAUAAAACCUGAAGAAGUUGAAGAGGUCUCAGCCAUGACAAUUGAACUUCCUGAAAUUGAAGAGACAUAUAAAUAUACAGCACCUAGUGAAGUUAUUUCAAUUGAUAUAAAGCCUGAAGAAAUUCAAGAACUUCCUACCGCAGUAGUUGAAAUACCUCACAAAGAAGAGGCAGUACCUCAAGAAACACCAUCUGAAGUUACAGCAAUUGAAAUAAAGCCUGAGGAAGUUGAAGAGAUACCAGCCAUGACAAUUGAACUUCCUGAAAUUGAAGAGACCCACAAAUAUACAGCACCUAGUGAAGUUAUUUCAAUUGAUAUAAAGCCUGAAGAAAUUCAAGAGCUUCCAACUGUUGAUGUUGAAAUACCUCACAAAGAAGAGGCAGUACCUCAAGAAACACCGUCUGAAGUAACAGCAAUUGAAAUAAAACCUGAAGAAGUUGAAGAGGUCUCAGCCAUGACAAUUGAACUUCCUGAAAUUGAAGAGACAUAUAAAUAUACAGCACCUAGUGAAGUUAUUUCAAUUGAUAUAAAGCCUGAAGAAAUUCAAGAACUUCCUACCGCAGUAGUUGAAAUACCUCACAAAAAAGAGGCAGUACCUCAAGAAACACCAUCUGAAGUUACAGCAAUUGAAAUAAAGCCUGAGGAAGUUGAAGAGAUACCAGCCAUGACAAUUGAACUUCCUGAAAUUGAAGAGACCCACAAAUAUACAGCACCUAGUGAAGUUAUUUCAAUGGAUAUAAAGCCUGAAGAAAUUCAAGAGCUUCCAACUGUUGCUGUUGAAAUACCUCACAAAGAAGAGGCAGUACCUCAAGAAACACCAUCUGAAGUUACAGCAAUUGAAAUAAAACCCGAGGAAGUUGGAGAGAUGCAAGCCAUGACAAUUGAACUUCCUGAAAUUGAAGAGACCCACAAAUAUACUGCACCUAGUGAAGUUGUUUCAAUUGAGAUAAAGCCUGAAGAAAUUCAAGAGCUUCCAACUGCAGUAGUUGAAAUACCUCACAAAGAAGAGGCAGUACCUCAAGAAACACCCUCUGAAGUAACAGCAGUUAAAAUAAAGCCUGAGGAAGUUGGAGAGAUGCCAGCCAUGACAAUUGAACUUCCUCAAAUUGAAGAGACAUAUAAAUAUACAGCACCUAGUGAAGUUAUUUCAAUUGAUAUAAAGCCUGAAGAAAUUCAAGAACUUCCUACCGCAGUAGUUGAAAUACCUCACAAAGAAGAGGCAGUACCUCAAGAAACACCAUCUGAUGUUACAGCAAUUGAAAUAAAACCUCAGGAAGUUGAAGAAGUUCCUGCCAUGACUGUGGAACUCCCUGAAUUUUCAGAGACACAGCAAUAUACAGCUCCUGGUGAAGUUGUCUCUAUUGAGAUAAAGCCUGAAGAAAUGCAAGAGCUUCCAACUGCAUUAGUUGAAAUACCUAGCAAAGAGGAGAGAGGACCCGAAGAAACACCAUCUGAAGUAACAACAGUUGAAAUAAAGACUGAGGAAGUUAAGGAGGUUCAACCAAUAACUGUUGAACAACUUGAGGUAGAUGUUAUGUCCAUCAAGGUCAAAUCUGAAACAGAAAAAAUAUCAAUGGAAUUAAGUCAGCCAGAAAAAGCUGAAAUUUCUCUCCAAGUCCAGCCACAAGACAAAGAUGAGAAGACUGAACUCAAAUUGGACAUCACAUCAACAGAAAUUACAUCUGUUGAGUUAGAACAAGAGGAACAACCAGUUAGGACUGAAGUAUCGGAGGUGUCUCUAGACUUUGAAGGUAAGCAACCUGACUAUGGAGAAAUUACUCUUGAGAUAAAGAAAACAGAAACAGCAGAUGUUGCUGAGAAAAGGGAGACCAUUGAAGUUGUUAUGCCAGUAGAGGAAGAGGUUUUCGAAGUUCCUCACAUUGUACAGCCUCUAACUAGUACAGGAGAAAAUCUUGGCGAAACAGUUUUAUUGAGAUGCCAAAUAGGAGGCACUCCUCGGCCUGUUAUUCGAUGGUUUCACAAUGGUGGACAAAUUCAAGGUCCUAGGUUUACAACCCUCUUUGAAAGAGAUGGUAAUACUGUUCUUGUUAUUAGUCCUCUUGAAGAAACAGACAAGGAAUUUGAAUGUGUUGGUACCAAUGAGUAUGGAUCUGUUACUACCACUUUUAAGAUAGACGUUACUAAGGGCGUUGAUGUAAUAGAGAAGAAAAUUGAAACAACAACUGUUGAGGUUACAAAAGAGCAGGUUACUGAAGUACAAGAAGACUUUGAACAACCUGAUGUUAGCAUUUCUGUUGAAAAAUCAGUUGAAGAAGUCCCAGAACCAAUUACUAUUCUAGAAAUUGAAAGUACUCAACCUGAAGAAAUCACUACUACUGUCCAAGUAACACAACGUGAAGAGCAAAUUCCUCUAGAACAUCUGACUGAGAUUGAAGUGAUUGAUGAAUCAAAAGAAGAAGCUAAAGUGCUUCCCUCUGCAGGAGCUCAGGUUCCUGAAACAAAUGAGAAAUCAUCUGAUCAAGUUUCUGAACAACUCAUUCCAAGUGAAUUAAAACUCAGUACGGUUGAAGCGUUACCUACAUCUACUGUUGAACUUCCAGAAGUAGAAGAAAAACAAUUGUUUGACCAGACUAGUGAAGUUGUCUCAAUUGAGUUCAAAGAGGAAAAGAUAUAUGAAAAACCAACAGAUGUUACUCCAAUCAAGUCUGAAGAAGGUGAGGAAUUUGCUGCUCAGGAGGUUGCUGUACUUGAUAUGCAGCCUCAGGACGUGAGAGAAGUGCCUUUAGAUGUGGUAGAUGUUGGUCCAGCACAGAGAGAUCAAAUUGAUAUCAUUAUCGCACCAGAACCCAAGGAGAUACGGGAAACAACUGAAAUUACAAUUGGAGGAAAAGGUCCUGAGAUGAUGGAAAUUGAACUAGAAGAAAAGAAGGAAGUGGGCAUUAUUGUCACAUCCAAGGAAAUACCUCAAGAAACACAGACUGUUUCUAUUGACAUUGAACAGAAACAGAAGCCAAUUGAGAAAACAGAAAUGGCCAUUCACACAACAGAUGAGAGUGUCCCUGACAUAUCACUUGAAAUUCUACCAAUGCAGAGGGAAGAAAUUUCUUUAGAUGUGACUUCUGUGGAGAAGGAAAGUGUUGACAUACAGAAAGUUACCCCACAGGAAAAGCACCGUGAAGAGGUGGCUCUUGAUGUUGCUGACAUUACAGAAUACCCUGAGAUUACACUUGAGAUUGAGAAAGGGGGUGAGUAGAGGCAUGUUUGGUAGUAAGCAUGCUGCAUGGCAAGCUUGUUCACACACGAUCUGUGCAGCUG